AUGGACGACCAGUGGGAUGCGGUUGUCUCAACACUCCAAGAGCUCUAUAAGAAGCAUGAAGUUCAAAGUUUCGACGACAUGGUUAACGAGAAAAGGCUAAAUUUUCAAAACUUGGCGCUGGAUCAACUGCGAUCACAGCUCGAUGUGUUUUCGACGCAUUCGCAAAAUGUGGAGAGUGCUUUAGGACUGAUUCGUGUGAUAUCCUCAAAUCUGGGAGGAAUAAUCAAGCAGUGGGAGGAAGAGGCAGAAAAAACGGACGAGAGAGAUGUUGUUUACGCGGAGUCGUUUCAGGGUCGGUCGUUUUGGACAAGUCCUUUUAACCCCAGCGAGCCUAUCGUUCUGGAGUCAGAAGUUGCAUACAAGCCAAAAAGAGGUGGAGACGGUGAAUGGUUUCAAUGUCAGGUUAUCAAGAUUUCAAACGACGGCACAAAGUUUGAAGUCCGUGAUCCUGAGCCCGACGAAUUGGGAAACCCAGGUCAAAUAUACAAAUGCAGCUGGAAGGAUAUCAUCUUGCUACCUGCAGUGAGCGCUCCAAAAUACCAAACUCCGAACUACCCCGGGGGAACAAAAGUGCUAGCGCGUUAUCCUGAGACAACCACUUUUUAUCCAGCAGUCGUCAUUGGGCACAAACGGGACGGAACCUGCAAAUUGAGAUUUGACGGCGAGGAGGAGGUUGACAAAGAAACAGAGGUAGCAAGGAGACUAGUUUUGCCAUAUCCGGCACGUCGGUAA